GAUGCAGGUACGUUACAAAGCCCACUGAUUAAACGGGCGAUAUUGUUUAUAAAAAUAAAAACAUUUUUUCUCAUUUUCCUCACAAUUUUCUUUGUUAAUUAAUACACCAAGAAAAUUAAUUAAAACGAUGUAGUAUCUGUCUCAGGGUCAAUUAAUGUGCACUUUACUGUAAAAAGUUUUAAUUGUUCAUACAAGAGAGAGGAAGGAAGUUCAAGCAUUCACUUUUCCACGUCCGAAUUUUGCACUCUAGCACAUUGAAUUUGUACUUUGCACUCAUUGUUAGCUGAUAAAGAUUUCUAAAGUUCUCGACUGUGAGGAUGGAUGUUGUGAAGGAAACAGGAAGACUUGUGGCUGGACGUGUCAAUGGAGCUCUGCAGAAUCGUGAACCAUGGCAAAUUGUGAUCUUUACAACGACAACAGUCCUCGGGGGUGUGUGGUUGUGGGAGUUUUUCAAUCAGGAAGAGAGUAUUGUGAGUCGUUCGAAGAAGUACUUCUUCAGGAUGGCCAGGAAGGUGCCAUAUGUGCAGAAUAAGAUAACCGAGGAGCUGGAUAUGCGUGCCAAAGAGUUUGAAGAUAGUGCUAUAAAGCAAUCAGAAGGAUUGCCAUACAUCACACACCUGCCAGAGCUGGGACUGAGUGAUGAGAAGAUUCUCUCCCUCGUGGAUGAUCACUUGAAGUUGGGACACUACAAAUGGAAGGAGGGAAGAGUAUCUGGGGCAGUUUACUACUACGACCCUGAUCUUGUGGCUCUCACUCAAACUGUCUACGGACGAGCAAGCUAUACGAAUCCCCUGCAUGCAGACAUCUUUCCGGGAGUUUGCAAAAUGGAAGCUGAAGUUGUCCGGAUGACGAGCAAUCUCUUCCAUGGGGGUCCAGAAACAUGCGGAACAAUGACCACUGGAGGGACGGAAUCCCUUAUAAUGGCUUGCAAGGCAUACAGAGACUACGCGAGAGAGGAGAAGGGAAUAACGAAGCCAAAUAUUGUGAUGCCCGUUACGGCACAUUCGGGAUUUGACAAGGCAGCGCAGUAUUUGAAGCUUCACGCUAAAACUGUACCAUUGGAUCGUGCCACAAUGGCCGUGGAUAUCCAAAAGAUGGAAGCAGCUAUAACGAAGAAUACAAUUAUGCUCGUGGGCUCAGCUCCAAACUAUCCCUACGGGACUCUCGAUGAUAUUGAGGCGAUUGCCAAGUUGGGGCUAAAGUACAACAUCCCCGUGCAUGUAGAUGCAUGCCUUGGGGGGUUUGUAAUUAUCUUCAUGAAGCGCGCCGGCUACCCACUGCCUCCAUUUGAUUUCCGCGUCAAGGGGGUCACGAGCAUCUCAGCGGAUACGCACAAGUAUGGCUUUGCUCCGAAAGGAUCCUCCGUUAUUCUCUAUUCCGACAAGAAGUAUCGUCACCACCAAUUCACCGUCACCACAGACUGGCCAGGAGGUGUCUACGGAUCCCCGAGUGUCAAUGGUUCUCGUGCUGGGGGUGUCAUUGCCGCCACUUGGGCUACAUUGGUCAGAUUCGGCCUCGAUGGCUACACCGAAGCCACAAAGAGGAUUGUUGACACAGCUAAAUACAUAGAGCGUGGCCUACGUACCAUGGAGGGCAUCUACGUCCUUGGGCAGCCAGCAACAUCAGUCAUUGCCUUUGGGUCCCACACCUUUGACAUCUAUCGCCUCUCGGGGGCCCUCAGUGCACUCGGGUGGAACCUGAAUAAUCUUCAAUUCCCACCAGCUUGCCAUAUCUGUGUGACUUUCAUGCACACACGCGAGGGAGUAGCUGACAGCUUCCUGAUGGAUGUUCGGCAGCAAAUCGCGGAGAUUCUCAAGGAUCCCGGGAAGCCAGUUGAGGGUAAAAUGGCCAUCUACGGCGUGGCCCAGAGUCUCCCGGAUCGAUCUCUUGUUGGGGACUUCACGAGACUCUUCCUCGAUGCCAUGUACUACACUCCACCAGUGGAUAAGAAAACUCCCAAAAAUGGAUCCCUGGAGGGAAAGUAAUUCCAGUGUGAUGUACAAGACAAUGGAGUGCAUUCCUUCCGGGUGUAGAUGAUAGAUUUUUACUGGCUUUACGUGUGAGGAGAUCAACAUUUUCUGCAUGUCUGACACCUUGUAAGAUGUUGCUGUAUGAUAUGAGCUUGUUUAAAAUAAAAGAGAAAAAAAUCUAGUCCUUAAUGGCACAUCACAAGGUA